GCUUUCUAUAUAAACAAGAAGUAAAAUUGUUAUAUUGCAAGAUACAAAUAACAAAAGAAAGAAAGAAAAAAAAAAAAAAGAAGAGAAAUAUGGGUUUCAGUGAGAAACAAGAGGCUUUAGUGAAUAGCUCAUGGGAAUCCUUCAAACAAAACAUUCCUCAGUAUAGUGUUUUGUUCUAUACUUUUAUAUUGGAGAAAGCACCUGCAGUAAAGGACCUCUUCUCUUUUCUAAAAGACACUGCUGGAAUACAAGAUAGUCCAAAACUCCAAGCUCAUGCUGAAAAAGUUUUUGGAUUGGUGCGGGAUUCAGCUAUUCAACUUCGUGCAAAAGGAGAAGUAGUUUUGGGAGAUACUACAUUGAGUGUUAUUCACGUCCAGAAAGGAGUUAUUGAUCCUCAUUUUGUGGUUGUUAAAGAAGCAUUGUUGAAGACAAUAAAGGAAGCAACUGGAGACAAAUGGAGCGAGGAAUUGAAUACUGCAUGGGAAGUGGCGUAUGAUGAAUUGGCAACCGCGAUUAAGAAAGCAAUGAAUUAAAAAUAUAAUUUGUUAUAAAUAAGUUCAAUGAAUAAAAUUAAUAUCACUAUAUCUUGUUAAACAAGUUUCUACAAUAAAUGUUAUAUGAAAUAAUUAGUUAAUAUGAUUUGUGUUAUUUUUUACUGAAA